AAGCUCACGAUUUUUUUUAUUUUUUUUUUUUACUUUCGGAUUUUCAAUUAAUCAACCCAACUUCUGUUUUGAUCAAAUUUUAUUAUUUUUUAUGUUCCUGUGAGGUCCACUUCCAACAAAUAGUGGCUGCAACUUCUAUGGUGUCCAACACACCAACAGAAAGAAAUUUACUUUCCCUUUCACCAAACAGAAGAAAGUAGAAUUUUGUUAAAGUUCAAAAUUUUGAGUUAGAUCCAUCUUUCAUCUUCAAACCCUUCAUUUGUUUCUGCAGAUUCAACUCACAACUCACAACUCAAACUCUCUCUCUCUCUCUCUGCUGAUCUGAUGAACCAGCUAAGUGCUACUACAAUUUAUGAGUAGUCAAAAUUAAUUUUCUUCAAUUUUUCAUUUCAUGGUCAAAACUUUAAUACCCAUUUGACACUUUUCUGGAUAUUCCGUAUUUGAUGGUAAACAAAAGAUACUAGAAUACAAGCAUUAAAUGCUUUUCUAUAUCUGAACAAUAGAAAUCUUGACUCAGAUUUUGUCAAUUGGGACAACAACAAGUCAACAACAACCCAUUAAUCUUAUUUUUCAUUUUUUUUACUUCAGGGUAUAAAAAAGACAGUAAUUUUGAUAUUGAUUGUUUUUAUUUAGUAAUAAAAACAGUUUUUAUUUAGUAAUAAAAACAAUCAAUAUGACAAAAAGUUUUGUUUUUUCUUUCUGGGGUUAGGGUAUUUUUGAGUUUGGGGGUAGUAGUGGAAUGUGAACAGUAGGUAGAAGCUGCUUCUAUAUUUUCCUUUGCCCCCCAAUUUGUAAAGAUUUGAUUUUGAAGAAUAGGGUGUUGCUGUAGUGGAGAUCUGGGAUUUUUUUCGUGUAUUAUGCCCUAUGAGGACUUUUUUCGCUGCAGAAUCGUCGAAAGACGAGCACUCAAGUUCUCUUAAUCCACAAUCAUGGCUUCAAGUUGAAAGAGGGAAGCUUCCCAAAUUAUCAUCACAGUCCUCUUCUGCAUCAAUAGAAUCUCUGAUCAAGGUCCAACAGCCGCCUGUGUUACCAUUCUUUAAACCUGUUGAUUAUGUGGAAAUUUUAGCUCAAAUCCAUGAAGAACUCGAGUCUUGUUCUUCGCAGGAACAGUCAAAUCUGUUUAUGUUUCAAUAUCAGGUCUUUAAAGGCCUUGGAGAUGUUAAACUGAUGCAAAGAAGUCUCCGAGAAGCAUGGCGGAGGGCAAGUACCGUUCAUGAGAAGAUUGUAUUUGGGGCAUGGUUGAAGUAUGAGAAGCAAGGGGAAGAGUUAAUUGCUGAUUUGUUGACAGGUAAACGUCAAAACGAAUAUGGUCCUAUCGAUGUGGAAUCUCAUAUUCCUUCUGAUGUAAAGGUAAGUUCCCAGGAGAGAGUUUUGAUGAAUGGGAACAAUACUUCACAAUAUGUUGUUUUUACAAUUGGAGAUGAGAAGAUUGUAUGUGAUAGACAAAAGUUUUCUGAACUCUCUACGCCGUUUCGUGCAAUGCUAAAUGGUGAAUUUUGGGAAUCGUUUUCGGAGGCUAUAGAUUUGUCUGAAAACAAUAUCUCUCCUUCGGGUAUGAGGGCAAUAAGUUAUUUCAGUAUGACCGGUAGUUUAAUUGAACAAAUCUCUCCGAAGCUUUUGUUGGAGAUAUUAGUUUUCGCCAACAAGUAUUGUUGUGAUAGAUUAAAAGACGCUUGUGAUAGAAGACUUGCAUCCUUAGUUACUUCCAAAGAAGAUGCUGUCGAACUCAUGGAAUAUGCUCUUGAUGAAAAUACAGCUGUCCUUGCAGCUUCUUGUUUGCAAAAGCUUUUACGUGAUCUUCCUCAUUGCUUAAGUGAUAAUCGGGUGGUGGAUUUAUUUCUUCAUGCCAAUAAGCAACAAUUGGAAGUUAUGGUUGGGCCAGGUUUAUUUGCGCUUUUCUGUUUCUUAAGCGAAGUUUCUAUGAACCUUAAUUCUAGUUCAGACACAACAGCUCGUUUUCUGGAAAGGUUAGCUGAUUUCGCUGAAGACAACAAGCAGAGACUGUUGGCGUUUCACCGAUUGGGAUGCGUAAGACUCUUGCGGAAAGAAUACGAUGAAGCUCGUUGUCUUUUUGAGAGAGCUGUAAAAGCAGGUCAUAUUUAUUCUGUUGCUGGUUUAGCUCGAAUCGACUCUAUAAAAGGCGAUGAGAAUUUAUCUUAUGAGAAGAUCAGUUCAGUCAUUUCUCCUGUCACUCGACUCGGGUGGAUGUACCAAGAAAGAUCACUAUAUUGUGAUGGUGAUUUGAGGUGGAAAGACCUUGAGAAAGCAACUGAACUUGACCCUACUCUUGUAUAUCCCUACAUGUACAGGGCAGCAUCUUUAAUGAGGACAGAGAAUUCUCAAGGUGCACUGGCUGAAAUUAAUCGGAUUCUUGGCUUCAAGCUUUCGUUAGAAUGCUUGGAACUACGAUUUUUUAUCUACCUGGCUCUCGAGGACUACAAAGCAGCCCUUCGUGAUGUUCAAGCAAUUCUUACUCUAUGUCCACACUAUAGAAUGUUUGAGGGACGCGUAGCUGCAUCUCAGCUCCGCACUCUUGUGCUUGAGCAUGUUGAACAUUUGACAACGGCAGAUUGUUGGGCACAAUUAUAUGACUGUUGGUCUGCUGUUGAUGAUAUUGAGUCUUUAUCUGUUAUUUAUCAGAUGCUUGAGCCUGACGCGGCAAAAGGUGUUCUAUACUUCAGGCAGUCACUGCUUCUCCUCAGGCUAAAUUGUCCUGAGGCAGCUAUGAGGAGUUUACAGUUAGCUUGGCAACAUGCAUCAAGUGAGCACGAACGACUUGUAUAUGAGGGGUGGAUCUUGUAUGAUACUGGUCAUUAUGAGGAAGGGCUCCAAAAAGCUGAAGAGUCUAUUUGUAUUAAAAGGUCUUUUGAGGCCUUUUUCCUAAAGGCAUAUGCAUUGGCCGACUCUGGUCUAGGUUCAAUAUGUUCUUCAACUGUUAUUUCACUUCUCGAAGAUGCCUUGAAGUGUCCUUCUGAUAAUCUGCGCAAAGGUCAGGCCUUGAACAAUCUUGGAAGUGUUUUUGUUGAUCAUGGGAAACUGGACCAAGCAGCUGAUUGCUAUAUCAAAGCCCUUAAAAUCCAUCACACUCGAGCCCAUCAGGGUUUAGCGCGUGUUCAUUUUCUAAAAAAUGACAAGACUGCGGCUUACAAGGAAAUGACCAAACUUAUUGAGAAAGCAAAAAACAACGCGUCGGCGUAUGAGAAGAGGUCUGAGUACGGUGAUCGUGAUCUUACAAAGGCAGAUCUGGAGAUGGUUACUAGACUAGAUCCACUUCGCGUGUAUCCUUAUAGAUAUCGAGCCGCAGUUUUGAUGGACAACCAUAGAGAACAAGAAGCCAUUGCUGAGCUAUCUAGAGCAAUUGCAUUUAAAGCUGAUUUGCACCUCUUACAUCUACGCGCAGCGUUCCAUGAACACAAAGGGGAUGUCCUAAGUGCGCUAAGAGACUGUCGUGCUGCACUCUCGGUGGACCCAAACCACCAAGAAAUGUUGGAACUUCACACUCGUGUUAAUAGCCAUGAACCGUGAGUUGAGUUUGCAUGCUAUAUGAAAAAUGAAGACGACAACAUUUGUACACUCAUCAGCCGUCAUGAAAAUUAAAUUUGUAAAUGCAAAGUAUAGCUAUGAACUGAAUGAUUAGAGCCGAUGUAUACUCUGUUGUAUGCCAUGAUAUCAUUUUCCUUUCUAAAAAGGGGGAUGCCAAAUUUUGUAAUUUAUAUUCUUGCUAUAAGGUGAUGUGAUGAGAAAACCAGAUAUAUCUGGCUUAUCCUCAACACCGAUACAUGUAUUUUGUAUUUUAUCCUUUGAAGUUUUAUAUACAUCCCCUUGAGUUUAUUCUCAA